AAAUUCUUAAAACAUUUGGACAGUCAUCCAAAAACAAAAUAAACUCCAAACGUAUUCUUCCAUAUCUUAAGAGUUUUCCUUCCAAUACCUACUCCAAACGUACUCCAUAAACGCUCAUGUAAUCCGUGUGCACAAGAAAUUCAGCAAUGGCCCAAAUAAACAGAAGAUUGUAAAUUCAAAUACUUUUUAACAGUUAAUUCAGCCUUCAGGGUGAAAUAUGGGAGGAGCCCGGGACCCUGUGAAUUGAAAGCUAAUGGAAUGCAAGAUGAUUAAUGUGACAGUGAUUAGAGGGUGGUGCAUUGCAGCAAAACCCUUGAAAUCUUUUUUACUCCAACACAAGCCCACAAGACCAAUUCAUUCGCUUACCCUUUCUAUUUAUCCUUUGCAAAAGCUGAACCCCUUAAUGGAGAGCAGGACCAGAAGAUCUUUAAACACUUCCACUCAUAGCUCUCUUUCUAAAUCAGAAGCAGAGACAUCUUCCACCGCUGUGCAGUCGUCUACCCCACAUAAAUCAAAAGUCAAAUUCUGCCAAUCCUGUGGAGGGCCGACUAAGCAAAGUAUCCCAGCAGGCGAGGAAAAGAUGAGAGCAGUGUGCACACUUUGUGGGAAUGUUUUCUAUGAGAACCCCAAAAUGGUUGUUGGUUGCCUAGUAGAGCACAAUGAUAAGGUGCUGCUUUGCAAGCGGAAGAUACAACCAUCUUAUGGCCUUUGGACCCUUCCAGCAGGCUUUCUGGAAGUGGGAGAAUCUGCAGCAGGAGGAGCAGCUAGAGAAACACUGGAAGAAGCAUGUGCAGAAGUUGAAGUUGUCUCACCAUUUGCUCAACUAGACAUUCCCUUUAUUGGACAAAGCUAUGUUAUUUUUCGAGCCCAAUUCAAGAUACCUCACUUUUCUCCAGGUCCAGAAUCUUUAGAAUGUGCAAUGUUCAGCUUGGAUGAAAUACCAUUUGACUCCUUGGCAUUUUCGUCAGUAUAUGUGACAUUGAAAAUGUAUGUUGAAGAUGUUAAGGCUGGAAAAUUUUGCUUCCACUAUUGCACGAUUGAACGAAGACCAGAAGCCAGUCCGUCUGAUCUGCAAGGUUUCCUUGUUACCCAAGAAAUGUGUUCCUGAAUGCCAAGCUUGCUGACGAAGCUCUUUUGAGAAGUGAACAAUGGGAAAAAUGUUCAUCAAUCUCUUCUUGGGAAGAGAAAUUUUAUACCUUGUAGUCUAUAUCAAAAACAUUAGUUAAAGAAUAAAGAAAUACCAAUUGCUAUGCUUGUAGAUUUAACAACCAUGCAACAAUCACAUCACAAAUGUUAAGUACUCUAAAUAACACCAGGAUACAACCUUGGAGUUUCAUAUGGUCAAAACAACAGUGGACCAGUAUUUUUUCACAGGUUUGUUUGGCUGAUUCUAGAGCAAUAAUUCCGAAAGAUCUAGAUACACAAAUUGUCCAUUCAUAGUGUAGAGCAUGGAAAUUUAUAAUCAUAAUCAUUUGUGAAGCUUAAACUCCAAAGCAUUUAUUCAGAAGCCAGAAACUGAAAUCUAAGUCUGUUUGUAGGUAAUUCAUUUGAACUUCUAAACUUAUGCAUCUGGGGUCUGGAUUGAAAGUCCUCAGUGCUCAACCUGUUUUGGAUCAUUCAGAAAUCUCUAUGCUUGGGCUUACUAGUCUCUUGCAAAAACAUUUUCAUUUACGUAUGAAAUAUACUAAUAGGCAAGAUAUAUUCUCCUUUCAAAUUCUUCA